GAAGAAGAAAAAGUUGUCCAACAAUUCACAUAACUCAAGUGCUUGCUGUCAUAUGUUUUAGCGCCAAAAAAUAUUACCCUGCAAAAACAUCGCAAAACCAAUGCAAACAAUUCAAUUUAAUUGUAAUCAAAAUUAAUUAGAAACUGUCGGUGAGCUGGAACAUGUACGAACGGAGUAGUUUGAGGUACGCCCACACUACCGGGCAUACCAGUUUAAUUUACACGGAUAACGGAGAAUUUAUAUUGACCUGUGGGUCGGAUGGAGAUACACGGAAAUGGCGAGGAAUAGAUGACGAUGACCCUUCGUCGAAUUGUUUGGGCGAAUUUGUAGUGUGUCUGGCGCAGAAGAAGGAUAAAUUGUUGGCCUCUACCGACAGAAAUACGGUCCAGGCAUACACGUUCCCAGAUAUGGACAAUGAUGGAACAUUAUUGAGAUUCACCGCUCCAGUUAUAUGCAUGAAAGUUAGAGAAGAGUAUUUGGCGGCGGGUUCCGAGGAUACUAAAAUAAAAGUUCUCAAAGACGGAGAAAGUCUACCACUGGAUUUGGAAGGCCAUAGAGGGCCAGUGCUUGCGCUGGACAUUCAUCCCAAAUGUACUUAUUUGGCUUCAGUGGGCGGCGACGGUGUGCUAAAGUUAUGGGACUUGCCAAGUGGAGGAAAGGAAAUAAAAAGCAUAACAGGUUUGCCUAAAGCUAACAGUUUUGAAAAUGCAAAAUGUUUUGGAACGCCUUGCUUUGAGCCCCGUAACGGCAAUUCGUUGAUUUAUGCAAAUGGAAAGGAAAUAUAUGUGGUCAAUACAAGUAGCUGGGAAACGCUGUACACGCUGUCAGACGAAAAAACCAAAGGGAAUUACACUUGCUGCCAGUUUUCCACAGAUGGCUCAUUAGUAGCAGCUGCCACCGAUGUGGGUGAGAUUUCCUUGUUUGAUUUCUCUACACGGCAGAGUAAAAAGUGUGAACCUCCAUCGAGUGAGUGUCAGGCCAUAACAUGCCUGGCAUGGAGCACAAAAAAUAACGACGAGUUAGCCUACUGUGACGCAAACGGACAGUUGGGAACACUAUUUUGCAGUGGAGGUGCCAUGGAGGAUGGCGCGGAUUUAGAUGAAAAUGCCAUGACAAUGGAUAACGACUUUGGCGAUAUAGAAUUUGCUGAUGAAGAAGCAAAAGUUGAUGGCGGGGCUCUUAAUGGUGUCGAUGACGACGACGAAGACGAUGAAAAUGUGGUUUCAAUUGAAAAGCUGAAGCAUAAAGUAAUGGCCUAUACCAAUGGCAGUGCACAUGACGACGAAGAAACAAAAGAUUCCAUUGGCGACGUACGAUCAGCAACACCUUCAAUAGCAGGCUAUGAAAUGCCAAAAAUGUUCAAACAACAAGAGCCAUUCCAACCAGGCUCAACCCCGGCCCAUUUAGAACAUCGUUAUUUGGCGUGGAAUACUGUGGGCAUUGUAACACUUCAUACAGACGGAGCUGACGGAGCCAUAGAUGUUGAAUUCCACGACGCAAGCGUUCACCAUUCUCUACAUAUACCUAACUAUAACAACCAUAAUAUGGCCAGUUUAAGUUCUACUGUUCUCGCGAUGGCGGCUGAUAAUUCCUCAAAAAUCGUUUGCAUAGCCUUGGCAGCUUCUGGAAAUAAGGAGUGGUCUGUUCAAUUACCAGAUUGUGAAAGUGUCGAAGCAUUGUGUGCAUCUUCUAGAAUGUUGGCCGUGGCAACCAGUGCACAAUUCCUCAGAAUAUUUACAGUGAUGGGCACUCAGCGAGAAGUCGUAUCAAUACCGGGUCCUGUUGUCUGCAUGGCGGGUUAUGAAGAUCGCAUUUUGGUGUGCUACCAUAGCGCGACUCCUAGCGCCAAACAGCAACAUCUUCAAGCUAUGCUGUUCCAAACGUGUGGCCUGCGACUAAAGUGCCAAAACGUCACUUUGCCACUUACUCCGGAAAGACAGUUAUCUUGGCUGGGUUUUUCAGACUGCGGUUCGCCAGUCUUUAGUGAUUCUAUGGGAAUCGUGCAGUUGUUUAACGUGAAAUCUAACUGCUGGUAUCCGGUGUGUGACACCAUGAAGCAAUCUUCUAGCGUUUCCAAUAAUUACUUUGUUAUCUCGCUUUCGGAAAGGUCACAGAUUCUACAAGCUGUCUUAUGUCGCGGUACUUCAUAUCCAAUGACGAAUCCACGACCUAUGGUUCAAGAAUUGCCACUUCAAUUGCCAUUGUGUGAUUUGGAAAACGAAAAAUCUAUUUUGGAAGAUUCAAUGCUAAGGGCAUCAAUGAUGUCGAUGGACAACGCUGAGAAGACUAUCAAAGAGACGGCCAUAAAACUGUUUGCCUUGGCAUGCCGAUCCGAAAUGGAAAUGCGGGCAAAAGAACUCAUUGAAACCAUAUCAUGCACAGAUUUGCUAAUGCUUGCUGUAAAGUAUGCCACCAAGUUGGGAAGAAUCCAUCUAUCAGAUCGUUUAUCAGAACUUUUACCACAAAUAGAGGAAGAACAGCAGUCGCGGGAACAGGAAGAGCAAUUAGUUGAACAAUCUUUGCCGGCGUCACCCCUGAUUCUGCUCAAAGCCUACCAGAACGGCUCUUCCUCAUCGUCGAACAAACUAGCACCGAAAUCAAUGGAUUUGGGAUCGACUAAAAAGUCUACACUAAAGCGAUUUGCAUUCUCCAAUUCUCCAUCAUCAUCGCCCCUUUAUAAAAAGUCUACAAAUGAUUCCCUGCUAGCCACCCCUUCGUCCGAGGCAUCGCAGGAGAAUUUCAGUGGAAAUGAUUCAGAGUCGCAACUGUCGAAAGUUUCCUCAGAGGACAUGAAACCAUUGAGCCGCACUCCGUUGAAUUCUGUUAAUCCGUUUGCUAUGAAACGUAAGCUAUCCGAAGUAGACAAAACGAUUUUAAUGGGCUCGGAAAAACUAAAAAUGGUCAAAAAAUAGAUAACGUUUUCAUCCACUACCUAUUUAGAAUAAGAGAUUUGUUUUAUAUAUAAUAACCGAAAUAAAUUUACACCUAUAGUCUGAUUUAAA